GCAGUAGCAGAAAGGAUGGACAAGCCGCCGGCCAGCGAGGACGCGCCGCUCGACAUCUCGUGCGCCCAAUGCUUGGACGAUGCGUUCAAGUGCAUCACCGUCGGCCACCAAAUGACGUACUUCUACCGCCACGGCGAAGUGGACUCGUGCAAUGGCCGCUGGACCGACAUCCUGCGCUGCUUCCGCAUCAAGACGAUGAAGCCCACCGACGCCAAAGAGUACUUGAAAGGUUCCAACAUCGAUCCUGAGCGUGAGCCCCACGUCGCGUCCGUCUGGAACCUCAAGCAGCGCCCGGGCUGGUAGAUCUCCUCUUGACCAGCACGACAUGUCAACUUGUCGCGACACCUAAACUCCAUCUAGACUGUUGUGUUUCAUCGA